CUCAGUCUCGUUCGAUGUUUGUGCUUCAUCAGACUGAUACUGACAACAAAGAAUAGAUAUAAAGGAGGAUUGUUUUCUUUCCGGCUAGAAGGAGAAUAAUAGUGUCAUGUCUAGAUAACACCCGCUAUACUCGCGACGUGACAGCAACUCGAUAUAAACGAAAGCUAUUCUCCGACCAGAAAAGAAAAACAGCUCCACGUAACCCCUGCAAAACCUUUGGGAGAGUCUCAACUGCUUUAGCAUGGGGAAGACUGGGCUUCAAGACCUUCCUCCUGAAAUCGUUCGACACAUCAUUGACGAAGUGGAAAGAAAGCAUUCGCUACUUCUCGUCUGCAAACAAACUUCACUCAUAGCAUCCGAAUAUCUAUACGCUUCACUCAUUUCGGGUGAAGAAGAGCGACAUAGUAUCGAUGGUUAUACACCCCCUCUCUCCAAAUUAAUUGAGGGCCUACAACACACUGAGCCGACCCGCGACGCACCUUUUGGCUCAGAUGUCAAGCUGAGUUUCCUGAAAAGGGCGAAAAAGAUGCAGCACGCCUUUGGGACUUAUAUCUGCUUCAGAGAGUCUUCUUCCGAUGAGAAGGUGCUUGAGAAGAUCACGUCCGUUUUCCAGUCUCUACAAAGGAGAUGUAUUGUGGCUUUCCCAAGCCUAGACGAGCUUCACCUCCAUUGCACCGGCUGGUCAUCAAUAACCCCGCCCAACCGUCGUUGCGCUUUUGCACUGGCGGCCGUAUCCCAGCCAUUGCUCUGUUACUGGCCCUUCAUUUUCAGUCUUGACGAGCUGCCCUCGCUCCCUCUUCCAGAAAGUGAAACCCGAUCAGGAGGCAAGAUCAGUAGAGAAGGCAAGGAAGGGUAUAUGGAAUUGAAGUUUGCACAAGGCCAUAUUCCUGACAGAGUUAUACAUGUACCUUACAAGGUGCCUUGUAUACCCAGUGUCUGCUACGGCACUCUCAAUGUCGUUUCUUACAGCCAACUCUGGAGCCAUCCCGCAUGGUCUGUGGCGGAGACAAUCGACUAUCUCAAAUCCAUUCUCCGAUAUGCUCACCCCGAAGUCUUUAGCCCGGAGGAUGAUGUAGUCCAAAAAGUGGGAGAGAAAGAAAAGCAUACCAGGGACAAGACAAUGUGGGCGUUCUUAUGGGUCGGAAGGUUUACGAAAAAGGAAGGCAAGACGUACGGUACUAUGAUGAAGUUGGUUGAGGAAGGUCUUUAUGAAGCGGUCCCGUGCAUGAAAGAGAGGGUCAAGUUCUGCGUUGGAGAUGUGGGGAAGUAGAUUAUUGCGUAGAUUGUCCCAAGAUGCUUGUUGAUUCAAGGC